AUGUCCACCACACACAUUAAACUUUCAGAAUUAAAAGAACAAGCAAAAGUACUAAAUGAGCCGAAUGAGUACAAAUUAAAAGUUUGGGUAAAAGCAACGGAAAAGUUGAUUGAAGAGGCAUGUCCUUUUUCUUCAAACUUCAAGGAAUUAAUCGAAAAUGCAAAUGAUCUGGUGCUAUAUAAAACAUAUCAUGAAUUAAAAAAGAAACUUCCUAAUAUUAUGACAGAGACAGAAAGAACUUCACUUCUAAUACAAAAAAAUCAAGAUCAAUUGGAUAAAGAUGAGAGUGAACAUAGCAUUAAUAAAAUGCCAGAACCUUUUACUUCAUUCAACUCAUCAAAUUCUAAUCUAAAUUUCAAUCAAGUUUUUGAUUCUUCUCCAGUGUAUAUUGUUGGAAACAAAAUGAUUGGAAAUUUAACGUCAUCAACACAAUCUCCUAACGCAAUCACCAUGACACCUGUGGAUGCCUACAAAAAUAAGAUUGAAAAGACUAAAGCUGACUUGAAAAACGAUGACUCAUUUUCAUCUUGA